AUGCAAGCCCCUCUCCUCGGCCUGGCCCUGCUGCUGCUGCCGUUGCUUCUCUUCCAGCCUCCUCCCUGCAGGGGCCAGAACAUCCAGACGGCCCCUCAGAAUGGCCCCCACUUCGGCUUCACUCGGGCGGUCUACCACGCCACAGUCUACGAGAACUCUGCGGCACGCACCUACGCCAACAGUAAAGUUAAAAUGGGGAUCCACCUGUCCCAACGCUCCUGGGAGAUCCGCUACAGGGUCACGUCGGGAGACGAUGAGGGCUUCUUCAAGGCCGAGGAGUACGUGCUGGGAGACUUCUGCUUCCUGCGCAUAAGGACUAAAGGUGGUAACGCCGCCAUCCUAAACCGAGAGAUUCAGGAUAACUAUGUCCUGACGGUGAAGGCCUAUGUGAAGGGGGAGGCCCUCCUCGAGACCUGGACUAAAGUCAGCAUCCAGGUCCUGGAUAUGAACGACCUGCGACCGCUCUUCUCGCCCACCACCUACUCCGUCACCAUCGCCGAGAGCACCCCCCUCAGGACUAGCAUAGCACAAGUCACUGCCACGGACGCAGACAUAGGCUCCAACGGGGAGUUUUACUAUUUUUUUAAGGAGAAGAUGGAGCUGUUUGCCGUCCAUCCGACCAGCGGCGUGGUCUCCCUCAGCGGAAAGCUCAACACAGACGAGCAGAACCGCUACGACUUGGAAAUCCUGGCCGUGGACCGCGGCAUGAAGCUGUACGGGAAUAACGGCGUCAGCAGCACGGCCAAGCUUUUCGUGCAUGUAGAGCGCAUGAACGAGCACGCCCCCUUCAUGAACUUGGUGAGUCACAGCCCCUCAUGGCUGGAUAAAAACGCUGUGUAUGCCAUGGUCACCGUGGAGGACCUGGACGAAGGUUUGAACGGAGAGAUUGACUCGGUGGUUAUUGUAGGGGGAGACCCGUCAGAGCAGUUCUUUGUAGAAAGAUCUGAUGAAGGCGAGUUUGCCAUAAAAGCGUCUGAGUCCGUGAACUGGGAGGCUUAUCCUCAAGGCUGUAACCUGACUCUGCAGGCUAAAGACCGGGGGACCCCUCAGAAGUUCUCCUCUGUGAAGGUGGUCCACAUUAAGGUGAAUAAACGGCAGACGGCAGAUACUAGAUUUGAGAAGGAGGUGUACGACGUCAGUCUGAACGAAAUCUCGCCACCGGGCACGAUCGUAGCUGCUGUUAAACUCAAACCAGAGCCUGACGACGCAGAGUAUAUCCUGACUCCUUCUGCAGACUCUGCUUUCUUUCAAAUGAACACCCUGACUGGUGUCAUCUCCACCGCCCGCUGGUUCACUCAGGUGAGCCGGGAUGUCUACAACCUGGAGGUGUUGGAAAUAGACAGCGAGCUUAAAGUGAAAGUGCGGGUAACCGUCGACGACGCCAACGACAACACGCCGACGUUUGAUCAGUCCUCUUAUGAGGUUCUGGUGAAUGAAAGUGUUCCAGUCGGGACAAAUGUGUUCACAGUGUCGGCAGUGGAUGAGGAUAAAGGUGAGAAUGGAUAUAUAACCUACAGCAUCUCCAGCCUGCAGCCGCUGCCUUUUAAGAUCAACCAGUUCUCCGGUGUCAUCAGCACCACUAAAGAACUGGACUUUGAAUCCUCCUCGGAGAGCUAUGUGUUUGUAGUCCGGGCAUCAGACUGGGGCUCACCUUACAGGAGAGAGAGUGAAGUCAACGUCACCGUCCACCUGGAAAACAUUAACGACAACCAGCCUCUGUUUGAGAGGGUGGGAUGUCAGGGGGUCAUCGCCAGAGAUUUCCCUGUAGAUGAAGUGAUCACCACGAUGUCCGCCAUUGAUAUCGACGAGUUAGAGUUGGUGAAGUAUAAGAUUAUCUCUGGGAACGAGUGGGGGUACUUUGACCUGAACCCAGAUUCGGGGGUCCUGUCACUGCAGCGUUCCCUUUCCGCAGCCAGCCCAAAGAACGGCAUCUUUAGUCUGAAGAUAACCGCCACAGACGGCGAAAGCUUCUCUGACCCCAUGUUCGUCAACAUCUCGGUGGUUCACGGGAAGGCUCCUCCAAAAAGUUUUAACUGCAAAGAGACCAGAGUAGCCCAAAAGUUAGCUGAGAAGUUACUGAAAAAAUCCAAAGCUGGCACUAAGCCCAAAAUGGAGGAAGGUUUCAUCGACCUUUUCUCGGUCAAUCGGCAGACGCCUCAGUUCGACAAAGCUUUCCCCACGGACAUUGCUGUUCGGGAAGACCUGAACGUUGGCUCGAGCGUUUUCAAGGUGAACGCCUACGACGGUGACACGGGCUUCAACGGUCAGAUCCUGUACUCCAUCUCGGAUGGAAACACCGACAGCUGUUUCACCAUCCACAUGGACUCUGGCCUCAUCAGUGUCUUCCUGCCGAUGGACAGAGAAAAGAGGGAUCGCUACCUCCUCAAUCUCACCAUCUACGACCUCGGCCUCCCUCAGAGAUCCGCCUGGCGCCUGCUCACCGUUUACAUAGAGGAUGGCAAUGACAACGCUCCCCAGUUUCUGCAAGAUGGAGGCUAUAAGGUUAUCAUACCUGAAAACACCGCCAUUGGAACAGACGUCAUCCAGGUCGAGGCUACUGACAAAGAUAUGGGACCUAACGGUGAGAUCGCGUACUCCAUUCUGACCAGCACCUCCCAGUUUGGUAUCAACUCCUCCAAUGGGAUUGUGUAUGUCGCCGGCCAGCUGGAUAGAGAGUUUGUUCCAGCUUUCAACUUGAAGAUCGAAGCAAGGGAUAAGGCAGAGAGGGGGAGCCAGAAGUUUUCUGUGACCAGUUUGAAAAUCAUUCUGGAGGAUGUGAACGACUGCCCCCCGCUGUUCAUCCCCAGUGUGUACAGAGCCCGUGCUCUGGAGGAUCUCCCCGUAGGGACUGUAGUGGCCUGGUUAGAAACCCAGGACCCAGAUUUGGGUCUGGGAGGCCAGGUGAGGUACUCUUUAGCAAAUGACUACAACGGAUGGUUUGACGUCGACCGGACCAGCGGAGCUAUUCGACUCACAAAGGAGCUGGACUACGAGACGCAGCAGUUUUACAACCUGACGGUGAAGGCCAAAGACAAGGGGAGGCCAGUGUCUCUUCUCUCCGUCACCUUUGUGGAGAUUGAGGUUGUGGAUGUCAAUGAAAACCUCUAUGCCCCGUACUUUUCCCACUUUGCACUGACAGGAUUAAUCAAAGAAAACGCUCGUAUUGGAACUACCCUCCUGCAGGUGACCGCCAACGAUGACGACACCGGCAGAGACGGAGAAAUCCAGUACUCCAUCAGGGACGGGAACGGACUCGGACGCUUCUCCAUUGAUGAAGAGACAG